UGUUGCCCUCCACGCUGCGCCUUCGCCGCCGCCUCCACGAACGUUGCUGUGGUAGCGCCUGGGCGCCAUGUUAGGAGGCCGGCGGAGGGUUGGAAGAAGCGGCGGAGGCAGCAGCGGCAGCGGCCGGCGAGGCCACCUCCGGGCCUAGCGCGCCUAGCGAGCGGCCCUUUCCCCUCCUCUCGGUCAGAGAGAGAGACAGACACACAGAGAGAGAGAGAGGAGGCCUGGAGUAGGCCCUUCUUUAUCAUGCCCACGGAGCCCGCUCUCCAGCGGCGGGAAAAGUGAGGGUCCCGCGAAGGAGGAGAACCAGGAGAAGCGGCAGAGGCGGCGGCAGCGGCGGCGGCGUUGUUGUUGUUCUCGUCGUCGUCGUCCCUCCCCCGCAGCGGGAAAGACGAUGCCGUUUCCAGUUACAACCCAGGGAUCACAGCAAGCGCAGCAACCACAGAAGCAUUAUGGCAUUACCUCACCCAUCAGCUUAGCUUCCCCCAAGGAGAAUGACUGUAUACUUACUCAGAAAUUAAUUGAAACCCUAAAACCCUUUGGUGUCUUUGAGGAGGAAGAGGAACUGCAACGCAGAAUUCUAAUCUUGGGGAAACUGAAUAACCUUGUAAAGGAGUGGAUACGAGAAAUCAGCGAAAUUAAGGUAUGA